ACUUCCGGUCCGCCCCGAUCUCGCGAGACCGCGGCCGCUUCCGGGAGUCGAGGCGCGAGGCGGCGGGGCCGGCGCUCAGUAACCUUCCCGCACGAGUGGCCGUCGUGUGGCCGCUGGGGGGAACCGCAGUCGGACGCCUCCCCCGAGAGGUGGAAGAGGACGGGCCUUAGGCUGGAAGCGCCCUAGGAGGAGCCGCUUUGCAGGAUGGCUGAUCUGGUCUUGUGUGAACCAACCGAGCUCUAUAACAUCUUGAAUCAGGUCACGAAGCUCUCCAGGUUAGCUGAGCCCAACUACCUCUGUUUACUGGAUGUUCGAUCCAAACGGGAGUAUGACGAAAGCCACGUGAUCACGGCCAUCCGGGUGAAGAAGAGGGGCCCCGAGUUUCUCAUGCUGGAGUCCGUGGACCUGGAGUGCGUGAGGUACUGUGUGGUGUACGACAGCAACACCAGCUCCCUGGAGGUUCCCUUGAAAGAUGGUGACGAUGAAGACGACGAAGACAACGCGGACUCUGAGGAUUCCAUCCACGGGCUGGCGUCCGGAGCGGCCGUGCAGUACGCCCGGCUCCUCGCCCACCUCACCCGCCACCCCAUCCUCAUCCUGAAGGGGGGCUACGAGCGCUUCUCGGCCCGCUACCACUUCUUCCAGACGCAGAAGAUCAUCUGGAUGCCCCAGGAACUGGACGCCUUCCAGCCGUACCCCGUGGAAAUCCUGCCAGGCAGGGUCUUCCUGGGCAGCUUCUCGCAGGCCUGCGACCCUAAGGUUCAGAAGGAUUUGAAGAUCAAGGCGCAUGUGAAUGUCUGCAUGGAGACAGGGCCCUUCUUCAGAGGCGACGCGGAGAGGCUCCUGCACAUCCCCGUAGAGGACUCCCUGGAAGCCGAGGUGUUCCCCUUCCUGCGCCACCUCUGUCACUUCAUCGAAGCUCAUCUCCAGGUGGGCUCCGCCGUCCUGGUCUUUUCCACCCAAGGGAUCGGUCGUAGCUGUGCGGCCGUCAUAGCCUUCCUCAUGCACGAGAACCAGGAGACCUUGAAGGAAGUGAGAGCAAGGGACUCGGAAGACUCACGCAAGUUCACGGCGGCAGCGUUCACAGCACCCACGGGGGGACCGAAGUGUCCUCCAUCGGGUGGAAGAGCUGUACAGGUGUGGCCGAUGUGCAGUGGAAUAUUAUUCAGCCUCAAAAAAGGAAAUUCUUUUAAGGUGUCUUGUAUUUUUUUAAGGUUUAUUUUAUUAGGAAAGCAGAGUGACAGAGAUCGAUCCUCUGUUCACUGGUUCACUCCCCACAUGGCUAUGACAGCCAGGGCUGGGCCAGGAGCCCAGAGCUCGCUCCUCAGUCUCUCACAUGGGUCUCAGGGGCCCAAGUACUUGGCCCGUCACCUGCUGCCUUCCCAGGUGCCUUAGCAGGGAGCUGGGUCGGAAGCGGAGCAGCCGGGACUCGAAAGAGCGCUCUGAUACGGGAUGCUGGUGUUGCAGGAGGCAGCAUAACCUCCACAACGUGGUGAACCUUGCACCACUUCCCACGCGAGGGCGAUCAGAGCGUCCACCCGAGGACUCCCUUUGGUCAGGAGAGCUGGGGUAGCAAAACCAGUGACAAAAAGCGAACGGCGGGCUCCAGAGGCUUGGGGGGGGGGGCGAGCUGGUGUUCAGCUUGGGGAGACAAAGAAGAUGGAGUUUGGUGACAAUACUGGUAACUCUUACGUGACGAGCGUUUUACCACAAUUCGAGAAGGAAAUCUGCACUGAGGGCCCGAGGGCCUCGCCUCGCCCUGCCGGGGUGCAGUUUGCUUGAUUGGCUUUUCGUGGAGGGGAGUGGGGUUACUGAUGCAGCAAGGUUGGGGGAGGGGCUGCUGUGCAGGAGUGGCUCUCGCCCCCUCCCCAGGAACCGGUCCCCGAGGGGCCUCUUGGCUGCCUUGGGAGCUGGCCCCUUCUCCGCUGCUCUGCUGGCACACCUUGACACACACACGCACACACACACACCCGCACACACACACACACACACACCCGCUGCCACAGAGCCCUUGGGAGUUCCCGGGCGUUGAGCCCCCUGGAGUCGCAGAUGAGUGACCCUCACCAAGCCCCUGCCCCGCUGUGCUCCCUCCAGCCCUGAUGGCCAGUGUGUGCUCUAGCAGGUCACCGUGCUCGCU